AUGAGGUCAGUUGAAGUUCUUUUCCAUGCAGUUAUGUCAGUUUUGAUCACACACAACCACAGUAAGUUAAUUCAUGUUAAAUCAACAAUUGAAUAUGAAGAUAUUAUGUAUGUUCAAAAUCGUUCAGCAAAUUUAGCAACAAUUGAACGAAAUUCACAAGGAAACAUCAAGAUUUAUGGCAAUUUGUUUGGAAACCGAUGCAGUAAUGAAGUUGAGAAAGAUUUAUUUGAAUUAAUUGAUAAAUAUCAAAUCAACAAAAACAUAAAUGAAAUCUCAGAAUUCAUUCUUCCAUUUUGGAUUUCAAAUUAUGAAUGUCACUUUUUACUUAUAAUUGGUCGAUAUGUUUUAUCUAAAAUCACAGGUCGAACUAUAUAUAUUGGAUUUAUUAGUGAUGUUUCCGAUAUAUUAAAUUAUGACAAAGAACUGUUAAUUCAACAUUUAUCUGCAUCAAUGAUGAAUUUUCAACGAGUUCAAGGCAUUGAUUAUCAUUUAGAACUUCGUGAAUUUAGUAUUAGAAUUUUUCAUGAAUUACCACCUAAUUCAUUCAUUACAUUGACGAAAAUCUCAGACAUGAAAAAGAUUGAAGUUUUUUCUAAAGAAUCACAAUAUUUAGUUCGUUUAAUCAAAGAAGAUUCAUCACCUGUUCUUGCACAGACUGUUCCUAUUGGAGAUUCAGGUGAUUUCUUCUUUUAUCCUAUCAAACAUUUAUCAAAGACACUUGAAUACCACAAAAUCACAUCAUUUAGUGAUUGUAAUGUCGACAAGAACGAAGUUCGUGUUAGUUUUAUGAAUUUGAUUACAGACGCAUUUUUAGAUUUCGGAAUUCAAUCAUCAGAUAAACCGAAGAAAGAAUUUCAUUUCCCACCAGAAUUAUCACAUUGCAAGCGAUGUUCAAAUCAUUUAUAA